UUAUUGGCUUUUAUAUUAUAAAUUGGUAUAUUUAAUCAAUUUUUUACAGUAUUCUGAUUGAAUCAGAUGAUGAUCGACUUUAUGUUGUAUAUAAUGGAGGAUUAAGUAUGGCUCUGGAAGCAUUUCAUAUGUUGCAUAUCAUGUAUCAUGAAGCCACAGCAUGUCAUGUUGCUGGUGACUUAGCUGAACUUAUAGCCAUUAUUGUGGAACUUGUACGAUGCAUCAGAACUGCUAGAGAUGGACCUGAUGCAAGAAAUAUAUUAGCAAAUUGUAAAGAAUGGCCAGAUAUUCUACGAAAAUUAGCAACAUUGUUAAAUACAUACAAUCCUCCAGAUAUGAGAAAUCUUGCUAUAGAUCUUUUGAAAGAACUUGUAAUGCUUGUUCCUGCUGAAGCAAUCUCAAUUUUAGCACCAUUGCUAUCACACUGCCAUGCAGCUCUUCAAGAAUCUCAUGCUGCUGUUCCACCUGGUCCUUAUCUUCCAAGAAGAUCUACUCCUCCAGGAAAAAUGCCUACUCGACCUGCUAGACCAAUGGUUCAAAUGGCAGUACCACAUUCUCAAUUAGAAGCAUCAAAAGGAGUAGAUCCAGAAUAUGAUAAUGCUUUACUUGAAUUUUAUUUACCAUAUCAUGAACUCAUUGAUGUAAUGUGCAGAUUAGCAAUUAAUAACGAUUGUAUGACAGAUACACUAGUUAAUCUGAGUGCUAUGUUAGGGUUUGAAGGUGUUCCGUUACACUUAGCCUUAUUUCCUAGAUUAUGGUUAGAUGUUCAUGCUGCUACACAUAUAGACAGAAAACAUAUUGCAUCUCUUCUUUGUUCUUCCUAUACAGUGGAUUAUGUAGAUGCUGUGUUAUUAGAUGAAAGAUCGUCGUUAGGGAUACCGGCAAUUCAUGCUUUUCUCAAGACCUUCUUUCCAAAACUUGCUAACCAUGUAUUGACUGAACAAACUUGCUUACUUAUUGACAAUUUAGUUAGUUCUAUGGUGGCAAUGGUGGAAGCAGUAGAUAUUCAAGCUUCUGCGCAUAGAUUAACGGGAGAUUUAAGAGCCUUAGCUCUUGUUUACAAUAGCAGUACAAGACUGAAGCCACCAAGUAGUUUGUUACCAGCUUUAGAAACGUUAUUGUCUCGAACCAGAGCUAUUAAAGUAAAAGAGUCUAAUCAACAGGAAGUAGAAGCUCCUACGAAAAAACGUAAAUUUAUGGUGAAUGAAAAUAAUGAAACUAAUGAUAAAGAAUUACAUUUACCAAUUAAAGAAUUUAAUGAGCAAAAAAACGUUUCUAACAUAAACAUCGAAGAAAAAGACAAAAUAGAAGUAAAUGAUAUGACUUCUUCUGAUUCUGGAGAUGAUAAAACCAUAUCAAGAAACAAUAUUCAAGCAGAAAAUAUUUCUACAAACAUCAGUACAAUAUCUCCGAGUUUAAUUGAUACUGUGACAACCAAUAAUUGUACGAAUCAAUUGCGAUGUUCGUUGACUAAUGUUUCUUGGUUUGAAAUGUUGGAAAAGACGAUUCUUGAUUUGCAAACAAUUGUGCAAUUGCAAGCAAAAAAUAACUAAUUCUCUACAUGUUUUGAAUGGUGCUUUUAUUAUAGAAGCAUAUAAUACAGGACUAAGUUUACAUAUAAAUGUGUGAUUCUUUAAAAUAACAAGACGAAAAUUCAAGAUCUAAAUGGACAAAUUUUAGUGCUCUUAUGUUAUUAAAAAAUGAUACAUAUAUUACUAUAUAUGUAUCAAAUGCGAUUUAUUUUCCAAAUGUAGGUAAAUAAGAUAUUUGUUGCCUAUUUAAGUUAUAUUCAAAAAGGAAAGAAAAAAAAAUCAUCAAUUUGAAGUGAACAAUUUUCAUUUUAUAUAAUAAAUGUUCGUUAGUGUUGUGAGAUUAUUUAUCUCCUCAUAAUAUUCAUGUACACUUAUACACAAUAUAAAACUACCCAGUAUUUAAUAAUAGAAGUUGUGAAAAAGUUUGUGAAUAAUUUAAGAAACAUAAUUAAAACUUUUGUUAAAAUUAUAA